GACAGUUCGCAGCUGGCGCUAUUGGAUGAUUCUGUUGUUAGUUUUAAGUCGUAAAAACAAAUAACGUUGUUAAAUUGUUCGAAAUAAACAUAAAAAUAAUUUAAAAUCAGUUAGUACUAUACUCUAAUUAAUGACAACUAUUUUUUUUUUAAUAUGACACAGGUAAAGUGUAUUUGACAUAUUGUUAAACACGACAAAAAAACAAUUUAUGUGGAUCUUUAGUUUUUAAACUUAACGUCAAUAUUCAAAAACUGAAAGUGAAUAACAGGAUUACAUAAGCUAUAAAACAACUAUGUGUUGUGACAAUAAAUGUUUUAACAAAAAUGCGUUUUAGGAAUAUAAUUUCUCUGUUCGUUUUGUUUUAACCUAAAUUAAUGACACACGUCUGCGUUUGGGUUAAAAUCUCAAUGCACAACACGAGUCCUUAAUUGUAUGGACAAUGGACCCAGUGAUUGAUAAUGAAUGGCUCAGCAUAAAGCAUGAUCCCGUGGAAGAAACUCCAGUUGUCGGCAAUGUUUCUCGUAGUUGGCAAUGGCGAGAGCUCGGAGCGAAUCCACCACACUACCCUGCAAGCAAAACAGUCCUAGAAAAUGCUGCUGAAGAUAUUUUAGUUCAGAAACCACUGAAAAUUAGAAGCUGCGACCUACCAGGAUAUCCAAGGUCAACUUUUUUGAUGGUUUUCAGUCCUGAUGGGACAAAAGUUGCAUCAACCCAUGGCAAUCAUAAUGUGUAUGUGUCUGAUUUGGCUAGUGGAAAACACCUUAAGAUUCUAGAGGGACACCCAAGAACACCAUGGUGUAUAGCAUUUCACCCGUCACAUACACAGCUUAUUGGCUCUGGGUGUCUUGGUGGUCAAGUAAGAGUUUGGGAUAUGGGAAGUGGUGGAAGUGAAGUGUGGAAUGUUCGCUAUGAAACAGUGAUAGCUUCUAUUGCAUUUCACCCUCGUGAACAAUUACUAGUAAUUGCUACUUACAAUGAACUAUACUUUUGGGAUUGGAGUCAUCCAGCACCAUUCACCAAAGUUACCACUAAUAAUAUAAAUGAAAAAGUGAGAUAUGUUGCGUUCGAUGCUCUUGGUUACAAAUUAAUAACUGGAAUAUCUGUAUCGGGUUGUCCGAGUAUGUCUAGUACUUCAUUGCUGCAGCAAAGUCCGACAACAGGCACUUCUAACACACAAAAUAGCAGUUCUAAUAGACGGAACGCCACAGGCAAUGCCAAUGAAAACCCGCUUGGGAUCAAUCCCCCAACGGACAAUGCUGGUUCAGCACAAGACAUGAUUGUAAAUUCAUACCAGAACCUGGUACAAAGAUAUGACAGUCUAGUAAGGAAUUAUCAAAGGCUUUUCAUGGUACGGCAUCGGCUUUCCAAUUCUUCUCAAUCAACUCCAAAUACGAUUGAUCGAGGAACUGAUCCUAUGGAAACCGAUACAUCCCCUGGAACGUCCGGCUGGAGCAGACCUGCACGACCGUCUACAGUUACAACAAACGCUGAGGAUGGGGCCAGUACCAGCGGAACGAGACGUCCAGACAGUGGUGAAAGCGGGGAUGGAGAAAACAGUAGUCGCUUACUCAAUUUAGAUGCUUUAACGUUUGACAGUGAUCCAUCAAGGAAUCAAGAUUCAGUUUCUGAGCGUUCUCCAUUUGGGUCCCGUUCUUCAGCUUUCCAACCGUUAAAUGAAACCGGCAGAACAUUUAGACCAUCCGACCCGAACGAGCGCUCUACAAGAUUAUUACCCAACCCCUUUUCGUCACCCGGAGGCAUCUCGCGAUCGGCCCGAGUUAACUUCGGUGAAAUGUCCACAUCUGGCGACAACGACCCGGCGAACGCGUCGCGCACCAGCAUCUUUACCUCGUCGAGAAUGAGUUCCACGGCUGGCCGAGUAUUAAUCUCGCACAGACGGAAUUUCUCGCCGAUACGACGCGGGCGGAUCUCGCUAUGGGGUGACUCGCCGACUUCCACCGAGAGCACUCCUACACCCUCUCCUCGAAAUAUUACGAAUUCUUCCGCAAACGAAGAAACGCAGGAUACUACCGCACCACGCAGACCUACUAUGACUAAUUCUUCGACGCAAAUGAGUCCCGUACCACCCCUGGACGCGGAGGCCCUCAACGAGAGCUUGGAUCUGAUUCGGGACAUCUUGCGCGAUUCCGGAACGAGGCUUUUAAAUUUGAUUACGGACAUGUCGUUGUCGAUGGUAUCUGCCAGCGAACGGGAGCGACGACGUCGCGCUCACUCUGACGAAGGCUCGCCCGUAGAGCGCCGUCCGCGGCCCCGGCCCCGUCUGCUAAGUGUUGGCUGGCGUCGAGAACUUCUCUCUUCCAGUUCCGACUCGGACAGUGAUCGUUCUCUGGAGCCGGAUGCUCUUCGCGCUCGCAGCACUGGUUUCAGAGAUUCCGUCGACGCGGCCGCUCAGUCGGCGGCUUCGUUGUUGACGAACCUCCCGACCGACCGUUUAAUGUUCGAUAUCUUGACCGAUCGAAACGAGAGCGCACCUCGCGAUAACGAAGGACUCGACCCCACUCGUUCCAAUGAUAGAUUCCGCGUGCCUGGUCGAGACGACGAAGACGUGGCUCGUGUAGUUCCCGAACCGACUCCCGCAGCUUCAGAACCGGGUCCAUCCGAAGUUGAUCCUCAACCAUCAAGCUCCAGAACCAAUCCGUCGCCACCUUUCAGUCGACCUUCAACGAGUAGAGAUGAGUUUUGGACGCGCGGAUCCUCGGUGUCGUCGGAAGAGGCCUAUCGUAAAGUAAGGAACGGGGUGGCCGCGUUGCAGAAACACACAGUACAUCUGGCGAAUUUAUGGUAUCGCGGAAAUCGUAUUUCUAUGCGCGAACUUCGCAACUUAUGGGAAAACUUGCGCCGUCGUAUUCUUGCGUUGCAACGAGAUAUCGGAAGACAAGACUCCCCGGGUUAUUACACUAGAUCUCUUUUGGAGAGAUGUAUGAUGUUAGCAGAUAUCGCAGAACCUAUUUCACGCCCUCCAAACAGAAACUUGAGGCGAAGUAUGGAUAGCGACAGAAAUGGUGAAAGAACGGAUCACUCGUCAAACGUUGAUAUGAGUUCACCGAAUCGCGGUGUAGCGCAGGACCCUUCGAAUUCUACUAACGUGAGAGAAGAAGUACAAACUCGGGCGGGGCGAAAUACACAGACAAGAUCGCAACAUCCGGGAGGUCGGGUGACCACGGCCCGAAGACGAGUUCAGCCGGGCUACAGGUGGCAACCUGAGGAUGAACGCAGACGACGUUCGCGUAAUAUCGCAACAAAUCGUUUAGCGCAAAGAUAUUCAAAUAGAUCAAGACGAGAAUUUACCCGAGCGAUAGAAAUUAGCGCCACCAAACACGAGUUACGUAUGCGAGCGAUGCAAGUAUUGUCUGUGAUGUUCAAUAUGAUGAUGAUGUGCUUGGAAGAGCGAGGUCUGAGUCAAUUAAUCAUCAUCAUGCUUCGAACUCUCAAGAAAGCUUUGGUACUUUCGUGGUUUAUGGUGAUGACGAAUAGAAAUAGCGGACGUACUGGUAACGGCCCAACACCACCAUCGCAGCGCACGGACCCAAUGGAUGUCGUUCACAUACAAAACGAAGAUGACGCAAAUCCCGUGAACGUAGAUGACCAUGAAGAUACCCAAGUGGCCGAAAAUGUUGUUUCGAAUACAGAAGUUGUAGACAACACACAAACAAUAAAAGAACAAACGCGUGAACAAGAGUCUCGAGACGCCACAAAAGCAUCAUCCUCAGUAGUUAAGUCUGAAACACCGAAUAACCAACAAGACCAGACAAGACUACCGUCACAGAACUACAGAUCAUCGAGAUGGAGCAACAGACUUGCAGUGCAGAUAGCCGCUGCUAAUAGAAAUAAUUCUGCAACAGCGUUGAGUAGAAGAGAACUUUACAUAGAAAGCAAACGAUUAAAAGCCCUACACAGAACAAAUCCUUCCGUGCAUCCGCUAAAUAAGAAAAGAACAGGUCCCCCGAUGUCGACAUAUAGGAUUCCGACACUCCGUUGUUUCCCACGUCGCCCUAAUAUGAACAGACCGAACACUCCCCGAUCACAAGAAACAGAUCCCAUCCCGGGACCUUCAAAUUUGCUUCAUCCAGAAAACUCUAGUCAGGACCCGCCACGAGCCGAGGGCAUGUACGAAUUUUAUCAACGCGUUAAUUUUAUACGAAUAGCUCACAUGCAGGCUGUGAGCCUAAGAAACGCCGCUAGAAACAGAUUUAGGCGCUUGCAAACGAUACGCCUAUACACGCCUUCAUCGGUGCGGGAAAUGUUUGCUCUUUAUUCGAACAAUCCAGAAAAUCCACCAGAAAACCGACCGCCGCCACAAAGCAACCCCGAAUUGGGCAGCCGUCGACAGUUUGCCGUGUACCGACCGCAUAUCUUGGCGCAACGAAUCGACCCCGCAAACGCAUCGGAGGAACCCCCUCAGUUCAACAGUGUUGCCAACAACGCAGCGCCACCACCACCGCCACCACCACCGGCGCAAGCACAGGACGCACAGGCGCAACGAGAUGGCCAGAACGCUCCGACGCAGAGGCUGCCGAGAAUCCACGAAUAUUUGCAACCGAUAAUUUUAGCCCAGAACGCGAUGGUGGUGGAAGAAGAGGGUGGUGGGCCGGGCGGUAUGGGGGGUGCGCGGCGACUGGGCGGCAUGGCGGGGCUGCUCGACGCCGGCAUCAUCUCGGAGACCAUGCCUGCCUCCUCGCACCGCGUGCAGGCCUGGGACUUUACCACCGGAAACGUUCCUGAACUAGCCGACGGCAAAAAAAAUGUUGUAGUCCAAAGAUGCAGAAUUCAUAACGACGCGAGCAUCGACAUUUCAAAAGACGGCAGACUGCUGGUGGCGCUGCUUCCCGUUCCCCGCAUGAGAAACACAAAUCACUGGCUAGGGGUGUACUCGCUGGAGUGGGGUCGCUUGGGUCAGUGCCUCCACACGGCGGUGCUGGAGCAGACGGCCGUGUCGGUGGCGCUGUCCCCCACGGCGCGGCACCUGGCCGUGGGACUGGGCUCCAAACGCUUCACGUCCACGCACCGCGCCCACAACCAUGUCUUCGCUCUCCUGUACAAGCUCGACUCGCUCGAUAGCUCCAGUCGCACGGGACUGUCGCCGAUCAAGGAACUGGAGCAGAACUGGGAGCAGGGGUUCACCAGUCUGAACUGCUUGCGGUGGGCCCCCCAGCCCGGCCAGGGUCUGGUCUACGCCAACAACGCCGGACAGCUUAUCGUCAUGAGCUAAGUCGAUAACAUCCUGAGGCUUUUGAGUGCCUAAUUUAUAAUAAAUCCACAUGAAAACUAACAAGUAGGAACAGAAGAGAAUAAAUUUAGACGUGUGCCCUGUUUCAACGGUUCACGCUCAUUUGUCUUAAUAAAUUUUUACCCGAUGUUACAUGAGCACUGUGAUUAGAACUCUCAACUCGCGUUGUACGAAAUGACGUUGCAAAUGUCGACUCCGAACACGGAUGUUGACGUUGCCACACGCGACAAGGGUACAAGUGGCGUAGUGAGAGGGGGCCAAACGGGGCAAGGGGGGCCUCAUGUUCCGGGUACUACUCACAAAGGGGCGCCAAAUGGUCCUCAAAACAAAAAAUUAUUGAAUUUUUUUUUUUUCUUUUUUUAUAUAUUUUAAAUUUAGUACCUGUCUAAUAUAAUAAAUGUUAAUUCGUAAAUAAAAAGUAAAAAAAAUCACGUAUAGUCUAAAUAGGGUCGCUAAAAAGGUAUUGUGUCCCGGGCGCAGAGUUAAGCUCACUACGCCACUGCGAGGGUAUAAACGUAAAUUUUUAUUACAUCGCCGGUUGUACGAAAUUUUAAUUAUGUUGUAAUUUAAUUAAGCGCCAUACGAAAUGGUUAGUUUGUACGCUAAAUGAUCUCCUUAAAUUAUUGGAAUAAUUAAAAAUCGAAAAUAACGAACGUCGCUGCGCGUAAUAAAUAUAACAGUACAAAAAAAAACAAGAUUUUUGUCUAUUGACUAAUUUCAAAUUAACAGACCCAUUUUUGAAUAUUGUUUGUAAAUAUGUCAAUUUUCAUGACUGAGAGCAGUAAUUUGGUAAUUUUACAUGAAACGUAACUCAAAAAUUGCGUUACAACAAAUAAAUCAAGCCAUCAAUGUCCUAGUAGUCCAGAAUGAAUUUUAAACGUUAUUGUGACUGUUUAAGAAUGUUUUUAUUACGUCUAGAAUUUGCACUUAGAUUCUUAUUCUCUUAGUAAUUGCACAUUACUUAUAAAUACUUUUAUAAAAAUUCGCUCCGCACAUUAAAAUAGCUACCGUGUUUGGAGCAACAAUACUAAUCUUAACGAAUCGAAAUACUGAUCCGUGUGCUUAGUGCGAGUUAACGUACUCGAUAGCGUAAAAGUUGAGCCAUUUUUGUAUGCAGUUGGAACAGCGCCCCUAGCGGCAAACGUACGCAAACGAUCCCAUUUCAUACAAUUAAGAGCUAACUUUUACGCUAUCGAGAACGUUAAAAAACUCGCACUAAGCACAACGGUAUAAUUUAGUCUGGACAACGUCAUAAUUAGAGCCUUCCGUUAUUUUUGAAGGCAAUUAUAGAUAUAUUAUUACAUUUUGCAUACAUGUUUUGUACACAAUAAAUGAUGCGUCAAAAAAAUUACGAAAGCGUUGUAUGAAAACCUCGAUUUAAUAUUGUAAUAAAUUAUUACGGACUCCGGGCUAUCACGAGAAAUAAAGUAGAUAUAAAAUAUAGUGUAUAUAUAUUUACAUUUAAACGUGUCUAAUUUAAGUUUUAAUGUUUCUAAAUAACAACAAACACUACGUUUAAUUUUGUGACGAGAAAUAUAAUAGACUUAUUAAUUUGAUAGUUUUAAUGCUUGUAGUAUAUCUAGAUAAAUUUUGUAUAGUACUAUACACUUUUCGUUAUGUCGUACUUUUGAAUUAUGUUUUUUAUUUUUAUUUUAUUAUUAUAACAAAAUUGCAAAUUUUAGCCGACCCAUCUAAACUGAGUUAUUUUACCAACAUAUCUUAUUUUACAUAUGUAUUACAGGUGAACAGUGACCAAGGAAAUGAAAAUCAAAUGAUUUUGGGUCGUAAAUUAAGUUUUUUUUUAUUUAACCAAGAAAACACCGUUUUAUUAGUUUUUUCUCUGAUAUUUACGUAAUAAAACUCGAUUCCGAUACGGUAUAUUUUUGUUUUGAAUAAAGGUACAUCAAUUAUUGAACGACAUAUCAUCAUAUUCAUUUAAAAAUAGAACUGAACUUCAUCUUGCUCGAGUUUUAUAAAAAGAUAUAUUUUAAACGAAAUCAACAGGAGGGUAGAAUUUUUUUUUUUAAUUAACUUCUACACAUUAGAAAAUAAUGUAUUUAUUUGAUUGUAUGUGUUGGCACGUCGGAUAUUCUGAUUUCAAAUAUUUCUACUGAUUCCCACUUUUCAUCGUUACAGAUAACGGUCUCAAUUAAAAACAUUAUUGUACAAAUAUCUUGUUAUGUAUUUUUAAAGGGAGUUAUCCACGCACCGAUAAACAUAACACUUUUACGUAGCUACCAACCAUAACUCUGUGUUGUUAAAUUCAAUCGUAAUUAAAACAUUUCGUAUUCAUUUUUUUUUAAUUGGCGUAUAUAAAUGAUUUCACGCUGGUAUAAAGCGGUUACCGAAGUCCAUCUCAAUUGCUUGCUACUAACUUUUUUUUACAUAAAUCUACACAACUAACUUCUUGUUGCUAGGCAACAACCAUUCUUUUUUAAUAAACUUAUGAUAGUUACAUAUAGUAAGCAGGCCAGUUCAUACGCGACGUAGUUUUUUUCCCGCCUUCCUAUUCGUUGGUAGCCUAAAGGGUUAUUCCAGCUACGUUCGGACUGGUAGGUAAGCCGCGACGUGCGCAAUGGAAACGCGGCAUAACUAGACAUAGCUCCUGUGCGAAAAUGUACUAUUUUGUUAAUUACCUCUUUAAUACACAUUAAACUCGUUUAUAAACAUCUGUCGAGUGCAUAAUACUUAUAUUUAGAAAAAAUAUAUAGCCUCUAAGUAUCUGCAAUAAUAAACUAGGGCAUAAUAGCAUGAAUGGCUUGACAACAAUUUGUUUAAAAAUUGGCUGUCUUACAGAAAGUCAUAAGUCGCUAUCUAUAACAACUUCAAACGAUUUCGCUCCCCUUGGUGGACUUCGUAUUAAUUAGAGAGUUAACUAUAAUUUUGCAUUUUGUAAUCAAGAAAUAGAUACUCUACGAAAUUCUAUACGGUAUUCUUCACUUUCUGCUCGACAUACAGUAUUUUUCCUGUUACGUAUUUUCCUCAAAUAUUUCCAUGCUAAAUAAAAAACCGGACUAUUCAGAAAUAAGACGUCUUUCUCCUGUGAUUGUUUCUCUUAAAUUCAAUUGGUACCUACAUAAAUACAUAUAUUUCGGUAGCUUUAAACGAAAAUAACCUAUUUUAUAAUGCGAUGCGUGGUAAACGGGCAAAAACUAAUAAAACUUCACUUUUGUAAUAUAUUGUUUCAUGUUUUAGUUCUUCCAUUUGUACGUGACAAUGCUAAUGUAACAAGCAUUAUGUUUUAUGUGUCGUUGUUGUGUGAUUUUUUUUUUGUAUAAUAAAAGUAUAGCUUCAACAAUGAG